GUAUUGCACUUCCGGUGGAAGUUAAAGGAGUUUAGUAUACACGUUGUUGUAGGCAUGAGCAACCGUAUUCUACUUUCAACGGGCUUUAGUGUUUAAGUUUUUUAUAAACCAGGUAUAAUAUUUAUUAAUAUAAAUAAUUACAUAUGAGGGACAGCGUGUCAUCUCUUAAAGGCUGUCUGUAACUGUAUGAACACGUGUUUUAUAGUCAUGGGGGAUCAUGUGGAGUUAGUCGCUGGUUGUUAUGAGCAGAUAGUAUUUGGAUAUCGAGUGUGCACUAGUGAUAAGGAGUGGACACUUGAGCCCAACUUUACCCAUCAUGCACACACAGCAUCUCUGACUGCAGUUUCAUCCAGUGAUCGAUUCAUCGCCACUGGGAGCAAAGAUGAAACCAUUCAGCUGUAUGACAUGAGCAAGAAAACUGAACAUGGGGCUUUGUUGCACCAUGAUGGUACCAUCUCGUGUCUGGAGUUCUACGGAACGUCCCAUUUACUCAGCGGAGGACAAGACGGUCUCAUCUGUGUGUGGAGCACCCAAAAAUGGGAAUGUUUAAAAUCUAUCAAAGCUCACAAGGGUCAUGUUACUUCACUGUCCGUACACCCUUCUGGAAAACUUGCGCUCUCUGUUGGAACAGACAAGACUCUGAGAACGUGGAAUCUUAUCGAAGGACGUUCAGCUUUCAUCAAGAAUAUCAAACAGACUGCAGAGAUCGUCUUGUGGUCACCAGAUGGAGAUCAGUAUGCAGUGGUUAUCAAUAAUACAGUGGAUAUUUACACUGUGACGUCUGCCACAAUUAUUGGAACCAUUACAUUCCCAAAAAGGAUUUCAUGUGUGAAGUUUCUGAAGAACACACUCUUGGCUGUGGGAGGAGAUGAUGAGAGUGUGUGUAUCUAUGACGUGACCUCACAGAAGUGUGUCUGCGAGUUCAAAGCACAUGAGAACAGAGUAAAAGCCAUUGAGAGCUUCAUGAAGGAUGAUUUUUGUGUCCUUGUUACGGCGUCAAACGAUGGAUUCAUUAAGUUGUGGAAACUCAAUCUUGAGAAACUUGAGACUCCUUCCUUGCUUGGUCAGGUGAACACCACUGCCCGACUCACCUGUCUUUCCGUUUGGAUAUCUGGUGAAGCGAAAGAGACAACUGUGGAACCGUCUGCCCAGCCUGCAACUUCUAAAGCUGUUGCGGAGCCCCCUGUGCCAGCCAAAGGUAAACGGGUGAGGCUACCGGGAGAGGAGGUGAUCCUAGUGGAGGAAAGCAGCUCCACAAAGAAAGGAAAAAAGAAGAAAAAACAAAGAGUGCAAUAAACACUUUUAUUGAAA